GGUCAUUUUGUUCAAUGUGGGCUGUAAGGGCGGUGCAUGUCUUUUGUCAUCCAUCAUCCAUCCACUAAUGUGUCCCAGCCCUUACAGCGUGUCAAGAGAAGACAUGUAUGUGUCCGAGCCAAGUUCAUGAGCCCUCCCUGACGAAAAACAAGACAGAAGGGAAGGAAUAGACUGCAUGCAUUGUGUGCACUGGAAAAUGAGGCACUCACUCACGCACACACGCACAACUACAAAACGACACACGACAAGCAGACAAUGUUCGCCGACACACGAUUUCUCUCUCACACCGCUGUUGUGUGAGUCGCAAAACGAGCGUCCGUCACUUUCUUGGCGUGUCGGUCUGUGUGUGCAUCUGUGUCGACUUCCGACACUCCUCCAACAGCUGCACCAGAGGCCAAUCAGUGGAUGACUCCUGGUUCAGCUGAUGGAGAGGGGUGGCAAGACAACAUAGAUGCGCACGGACCGGCACGACACGCAGACCGAUAAGAGAAAGUGCUGACUGACUGACACGAAGGCACGUACGAAGGCCAUCACGAGAAAGGGACAACUAGCACCAGGCUGCCAUCCAUCAUUCUACCCACUACAAAACCACCCAGUUCUCUGCACCCCCCACCAAAUACUAUCAAAUGCACUCGCCGCCACACCAACACGCAGCUGGCUGUUCAUGCAUCAGUCCAUCCAUCCAUCCAUCCAUCCAUCCAUCCACACACACACGCACACUCCGCUUCCCUCCGUCUGCUGUGGCUCGGUCGCACGUAUCGUUCACAGCAGCCUGCUGUUGACGAAAUCCUCCACCCCCUGCUUGCCGAUGUCUGGGUGGUCGACGAAGACCCCGUCGAUGCCCGCCUCGAGGAACAGCUCCAUCUCGCCAAUCAUGUCGCCGAUAGCCGUCUCGUCGGUCCCAUUGCGGAAGUUGAGAGGAAGGAACUCGUUCUCCGCUCUGAAGGUGAAGGGGUGGACGACCAAACCGGCGGCGUGGGCGUCAUCCACGAAGGUCGUCUUGGUGUCGGCCGAGAGUGUGUCGUCGUCAGCCCGCGGCAUGAUGAAAUGGUAUUUCUCAGGACCGACCCCACUAGCAUACUCCGCGAUGGCUUUGAGCCCGUCUGCUGUGGCCAUUUCGUCGUAGGUGAGCGUGCCGUUGCUGAGGACCUGGUCGAAGGGCUGGCCGGACGAGUCGAGCAGCUGCACCAGGGGGAUCUCGGUCAUGCCGGCGAGCUUCUGCAGGUUGGCCACCUCGAAGGACUGGAUGAAGACGGGCGCGUCGGGGCCGGAAUAGCCGUUCUCGGUGAGGACGGCGAACAGGGGCUCCUCCAUCUGUAGAUCCAGCGAGGCGAAGUGGGAGGGGUGCUUGGUCUCGGGAUAGACGCCGAUGGUGCGGUUGACCACGCUCUCCAUGGCCUGGACGAGCGAGACGAUCUCCUCCAGCGUCGGCACCUCGAACAUGCGAUCGAACCGGGUGUUGGCAGGGCGCGUUUCAGGAAUCCGCUCAAUUGCUCGCAGGGUCUUGAUCUCUGCACAUGGACGAUACAUCAACAGAGUCACAACACACAGAGAACGGUUCACGAGUGGCUGGACGUCGGCAGUGCACGUACCCUCCAGAGUAAAGUCCUCACUGAACCAGCCCUCGCUCUCCUUGCCGUCGACAGACUUGGUCGUCUUCCGGUCAGCAAACUCAGCUCUCUCAGCGAUGUCUGUCGUCAGGUCGAGGACGUUGUCGUGUCGCCUGCACAGAGAGAACAACACCGCACAAAUGAGACCUUGGGUGCACCCGAACAACCCCAAAUCGACAGAUGCACUCACGCGAUGAGGUGGCCGUCUUUCGUCAUGACAAGAUCUGGCUCAACAUAGUCGCUCCCCUGAAGAAUGGCGAUGGCAUAGGCGGCGAGGGUGUGCUCAGGGAUGUAGCCGGACGCUCCCCUGCGACGGCAGCAGGGCCAGCAGGCAUGAUCAUGUGUGUCGAUUCGUGCAUGCAUCUCUGCGCGGCGUACCGAUGUGCGAUGACGAGGGGAUACUCCACCUGGCAGAAGGCGAUGGUCGCCAGAGAGGCUAUCGAGAGGAGGAUGCUGACGGUGUGACAUGACAUGGCGAUGAUUCAAAACAAAGCAGAUCUACGAGGUUGAGAGAUGACAGAGCAGAUCUACGCAGGGAAGGCGAGAAGCGAAGAUACGAAGGCUGGGGAGAAGAUCCAGCCGUCGGACUUUGGG